AUGACCACUGCACUGGCUGCAACGAUCAUCUAUACCGAUCUGGAACAGGAGGGCUGGCUCAGCGAAGGAUUUGCGCCUAAACAUAAAUCAAUGUUGGAUAUCAAAAUUCCCACUAUCGGCCAGUUCAUCUUGUACUUUCCUCACAUGUUGAGGUUUGUUGAGACAAAACAUCUAACACAGUUCAUCCACCCAGCGCGGUUCGCAGCUUGCCACUACUCAAAAGAUAGAAAUGGUAUGGCGAAAAUCAACUCUGCUUCGAUCGAUAUCAAAAUGAUUCGACUGUGGUGCUGGCAGAUUAGAUCUCGACAUCCGCAGGUGUCGGAACGAUACAGAUUCAACUUGCUGCCCGCUUCCAUGCCAGGUACUGGCAUGGUAUAUCCACAAGACUGCGCAGACGCGGAGCCCCCGUCGAUCGAUCUCUUCAGAAUUUGUUGCUUGAGCGACAUCCGGACUUUAGGACUUCCAAGUUAUCGAUAUUGUGAUGGUCCCUUUGGAGAAUUGCGUCACAUUGCUGGUCCAAGUUGGCUCUUUUCGAAACACCUGGACCUUCUAGUCCGUUCCAUGAAAGGGUUUCUCGCAAAGGACUAUUGGAGGCCAAAGUCGGAUACCUACAUCGCAGCCUUGACUGGCCAGGCCAGGAAGCUCGAUGUCUCGUUUCCUGACAUUCCGUCCAGUUACUAUACCGACGAUACGAUUAUUGCGGAGUGUAUCAAGCGACGUUUCGGUGAAGUGGCUCACUGCACCCAGGACCACGAUUGUUGCGAACAAAAUACAGAAGAUGCUCGUAAGGAGCGCUCUGCGCGGGCGAAGGAGCUUUACCGAGUUGCUGCACACCUCAGGAUUCCUGUCAACAAGCUUUGGCAGUGCUCAAAUACCAGAUGUCCUGCGUGGGACGGCAUGGAGAAUCAACUACAGCAGCUCAAGGAACAAGGGCUCUUGGAGUCCAUCACGGCCAACGAUGAGACCGUCCACGAUGAGCCCGAACGUACAGUGAAGCGGCCCAGGCUUUUAGAGCCUACAUCUACACUUAGUGCGGCUGCUACGGCACGAAUUCAAACGCUGAUGUCAAGAGCCACAGCUUUGUCGAGAGAUUGGGAUGCCUUGAACCUCCACAUUCUCGAAAGCAAGCCGACGAUACAAGAGGCCAGGCGGUUACUCUACCAGGUGCACCCAUUCAUUCUCAGCCUGAAGCAAUUACCACGCACAAUUUCGGGUGACGGCGAUAACAAAAAAGGCGAUCUAAAACAGGUCUUGAGGCUCGUAUACAAAGCUGUCGGCCUUGAGCCACGGCUUGCGUUGGUGAGACAUGAGACGAACUGGGCAUCGCAGUUGUCUGCGUUUUCCCAAUUCGGCCAUUCGAUUGAGCGGGCUGUCAAGGACCUCGUCGCGGUCAAACACGUUCAGGACGGGUACACAUAUGCAUUACUGAGCAUUAUCACAUUGGCGAACUCCCCUCUAGUCCAAGACCAGAUCAGGAUCUACGAGGAGAUUGAUGCAUUGUUGAAAGAAGAGGUCGAGGCAGAUUUAUUGAAGGGACUGGUGCCGAAGAAGUACAUAAGAGACUUGGGGGCGUAA